AUGGUAUAUCUGUCAAGGGUUCUUGGUAAGAUGAGUGAUCUCCCCGACUUCAGAUAUCACCCCAUGUGUAAGGAAACAAAGUUAACUAACUUAGUAUUUGCGGACGACUUGAUGAUUUUCUGUAAAGGAAAUCUGAAAUCCAUAGCUAGAGUGAUGGAGGCAUUACAUCAUUUCAGUGAUGUUAUAGGUUUGGAGGCAAACAUAGAUAAAUCUAGCAUGUUUGUAGCAGGGGUAGAUGAGGUGACAAGGCAGAAUAUGCUGAAGAUUACUGGGUUCACUUUAGGGAUGUUUCCUAUAAGGUACCUAGGCCUUCCUCUUACAUCAAGGAAGUGGAAUAAGAUAGAUUGCAAGCAAUUAGUUGAUAAGAUCACAAGCAAAAUUACAGCUUAUACAAGGCAACUGUCAUAUGCUAGGAGAUUGCAAAUAAUAAUGGCAGUACUAUUUUCUAUAUACAACUUCUGGAGUGCUGUGUUUAUUCUGCCUCAAAGUGUGGUAAAGCUUGUUGACAAGAAAUCCAGAGACUUCCUGUGGGGUGCCACUGAAGACAAAAAGAAGGUUAACCUAGUAGCAUGGGAAAGGGUCUGUAUUCCUAAACAGUAUGGAGGUUUAAACAUCAAAAGUUGCUGCAAAUGGAAUAUUGCUGCAGUAGGUAAACUUCUAUGGCAAUUAGCUAGGAAAAAAGACACACUAUGGGUCAAAUGGGUUAACAGUAUAUACAUAAAGGAUAAGGAAGGUAUCAAGGAGAUAAAUACAGGCUGUCAAAAACAGGAGAAUACUCCAUGUCUAAGAGCUAUCAGCAUAUGUUGGGACCUCUAUCUAAGACAGGGGAAGUAA